AAUGAAAAUCAAACAAAAGAAAGCUGUUAAAAUUAGUUUAUAAGUUCCUUCAGACGUAUCAGGAAAACGCCAAAAUUCUAGUAAAAUGUCUUCAGCCGCUUAAAAAUUCCAGCUUCAUUAAACUAAAUCCCCUAAAAGCAAAACAUGUGUAAUUAAAAAUUCGUAAUAUUUUCUAUAAAUCACUGUGCCGAAUUUCCACUGUAAGAAGUAUGUACAAAAUUAUUUAACGGAUCAUCUUGUGAGCUCUCACCAUGGCGGAUCGAGCUGCUGCGCAGCGGGGUCGCCGGCCCGUCGACCCCCGGCCCCGAAAGACGAGGUGUCAGCUCCUGCGUGAGGCGAAAAAUGUGGCUGUGGUUCUGCCGGAGGCGAAACCCACCACCCCGGCCCCUCGCCAGAGCCUUGCCAAAACUGCCCCAAAGCCGCGACCCCCUAGGCGUGUGGCAUUCGACAAACCGAAAGCGACGAAAGGGAUGUUGGCCCGUCAGGCCGCGGCUCAGGCGAAGAUCCUUGAGGCUAAUCGUAAGCAAGCGGCCUUGGAAGCGGCUACUGCUCGCCGGCGUCCAAUACCAAGAGGUCGUCCAGCUGGCCGCCGACCUCCGGCUGCCAGACAAGAGCAAGCGCACGCUGCCGCCGCCGAAGUCCUGGAGGAGAGUCGCCAUCUAGCCAGAGCGGGAAAUGCUGAGGUGAUUCAAGCGGUGCCGGUGGGCGACGGUGACAUAGGAGCGAUAAUCAUUCCACCGGGUGUCAUAAGCGAGGAGCAGACGACGAUAGUGGAGAUAGUCCCACCUGAGGACUUGGACCACGAGGGCCCUGUGAGACGCGGGGAGGGCAACUUGAAUCACUCGAUUGAGAUCAUCCGCGAGAAUCUAAGCAAUCAGGACGCCGCGGAAGCAGCAGCUGUUCAGGAGAAGCUGGAUGAAUUCCAACAAGCGAGACGAGACUUUAUAAUGGAGUUGGCAAGUGUCACAGUUCCCGGAAUUGAUCCCGAUCUUGAGAUUCUCGACGUGGACAGACUGCCCCUGGAGGAGUUUGAGCAGAAUAUUCUUCCCUCGCCGAGAAGACGGCUUCACAGGAUUCCAGAUGAUGACGACGAAGUGUUUCAUCUGAAGUACGGACGCAAUCAUCCGGCAAUCAUCGCCGCUAGAGAAUUCAGGGAGCGAAAGGAGCAGGAGAAGAGGAUUGAUGAGCGCUUCUUAAGGGCAGCGGAAGAGGAGGCAUUCGAUCUUGACGCCCCUCUUUAUGAGCAGAUCAUGGACGCCGAUAUCUCGUUUGAAGAGGACGAGGAGGGAAUGGCGAUGCCGUGCAAAUCAAGGGUCAAGGCGCCGAUGCCCAGAAGCAAAGCGAGAAAAGGAUUGGCGCGAGAUGCCAUGUUCUAUCCCCAUUCGACUAUUAAAGAUGAUGUUGAGGAGCUGGAGAGGUUCUUCAACAUCGAUAAGUAUCCACCCAUUCCUAAAUGCGGACCACCACCGGGGAGACAGCACCUCAAUCCAGAUCUGUGGGAACUCGAUGAUCCUUGGUACAGGGAACCAACGCAACCUGAUGUACCUGACCUCAUUGAAUUUUCGAACUAAUUUUUUUGAUGAUUUUUUUGGGUAUUAAAAUGACUAGAUGUGGA